CUGAUUAGGGUUUCGUGUUUGGUGGUAUCUGCCUCGAUCUCUUGGCGCCGAGGAUCUCUGAAGACGAAGUGAACAUGCCGUCCCACAAGACCUUCAGAAUCAAGAAGAAGCUGGCCAAGAAGAUGAGGCAGAAUAGGCCUAUUCCCUACUGGAUCCGCAUGAGGACCGACAACACCAUCAGGUACAACGCUAAGCGUCGACACUGGCGCCGCACCAAGCUUGGAUUCUGAGCUGUUUCCCUGCGCUCUGCCUUCCAUUCCUUGGGUUUUUUUUUGUUUUUUUGGGAUUUAGGCUUUAGUUUUUAAACAAUGAUUCCAGAAAUGUUGCUUUUGCUUCUCUUUCCAAAGAAUUAGUAUGUUAUAGUUCACUGAUUGCGGCUGCCACAAUUUAUUUUUCAGUAAUUUGGAUGUUCUUCAUA